CUCAAUUCUUCUCCACCAGAGUGACAGGACGGCCCAUCGAGCGCCUUUCAAUUGCAAGAAAGGGAGAGAGAGGGAGAGAGGGAACAAUAGAAUCGCCUCGCAAUGGCAUCUGGUGUGCAAGUCGACUUCAGCGCGCUCCUGGCUGAGCUCGAGGCAGACAGGGCGCUGUCAGAGAAGAUCCGCGAGCAGGCAAAGGAGCUCGACAAGACCUACCGUUCCCUAGCCUCGGUCCUCAACCGGGUCCACUCGACGCCGGCGAACCAAGUGCGGACCAACAUUGUCGAUCAGACGGUGCCGCCGUUCGAACAGGCCAGGCAUGACCUUCGUCUCCUCGUCGAGCUUGUCCCCGACAACCAGUUCUGGAAGUGGAACGAUGCGUGGUCGAUGACGCUGCAGCGCGCCUCGUACGCCGUCGCGCUGACCUUUUAUCUCGGCACCGGCCGGCUGAUCACCAAGGACCAGACGGCGCGCAUCCUCGCCCUCGACGCGGCGUCGCCCGCCGCCACGCACGGCCGGCUGCUCUUCACCACCGAAGAGUACCUUCACUCGCUCGUGAGCAUGAUCAACGACCUCUCGCGCCUGGCCGUCAACAGCGUCACGCUGGGCGACUUCGCGACGCCCCUCCGCCUCAGCGCCUUUGUCAAGGACCUCCACGCUGGGUUCCAGCUGCUGAAUCUGAAAAACGACAGCCUGCGCAAGCGCUUCGACAGCAUCAAGUACGACGUCAAGAAGAUCGAGGAGGUCGUCUACGACAUUUCUCUCCGUGGUCUCGUCAAGCCGCAGGAGAGCAACGAGAUGAGCGGCCUGGGCCUCGAGGCGGACGAGGCACAGACGAUAGCCGUCCUCGACUUGCUCGCAGGGACAAGAGCAGCGUGAACGCUUAGACACACCUACCACACUUUGUAUCAACAAAUUUAGGGCCUUUGCACGAUAGCAACUCCAGCACCAGCACCAUCACAAUCUUCAGAAGUGGCCCAUAUCACCCAUGAAUGAAUAAUGAAUUGGACAUUA